GUCGUCGUUAGGAAUGUCAUAUACAUACUUAGUCUAGUACAUCUGAGUCAUCCGGUUCUGCCGGUUAUAACCGGCAGCCUGAGAACUGACCCUGGCCUGCUACUACUAUGUAGCAGUUCUACCCCCUACACUAGUUGACUCAAUGCAUAUGGUCGCGGACACCCAAACUAAUCACUAUAAAAGCGAUGGACAGCAAUAUUUCUACACGCAUUUUUUACGUCCCAACCCGAUGACCAUAGUCUCAGAUGAUCCCACUUGGUGGUCGUUCAUCAGUUAUUCUUCUCUUAUCAACUAUUUUGUGGCUGCAAGCUCCACUGUGGUGAUAUACGACCGGGUGUUAACAUUCGGACAAGAGUUCGAACUGAUCUUGAGGCAACAUUGGUCCCUCAUGACUAUUCUCUAUAUCUGUGUCCGCUACAUUGGAAUACUGUUUUCUGUCAUUAACAUCCUAUCAAUCCUACCUGUCUCUAUCAUCGAUGUAGUGGGCACUAUGAUAUGGUACAUAGGGAUAUGGACCCCUGUCAUCGUCAAUACCAUGCUGGGAGUCACUAUGAUUGCUCGGAUAAAUGCCAUGUAUCAGGGAUCCAAAAGGUUGUUUAUCCUUCUUGUUGUAGCUUUGCUGGCUUGCACGAUAGCCUCCGUUGUUAUGGUGGUAAUUGCAAACCUGGGCGUUUCAGCGCAGGAGGCUGUCCUUUCCGGCUACGAUAUCUGCAUCGACUACAAUUACGUGGCAAAUCUGAAUUUCGAGAGUCUGGUAUCCACCGCUGCAUGGGAGAUCCUCGCCUUGUUUCUUACGGUUUGGAUGGUUAUAAAACACAUCCGUGAACUGCGACAAUUGCCGACAGGAUUGACCAUCGGAGACUGUUUCACAAUGUUAAUAAAGAGUCACACGUUUUACUUUCUAGCCUUUGCUAUUAUGGUUUCCUUGAGACUUGGCGCACUGUCUCAAACUCUUACGGACUCAUCGUCAGUAGGAAGUGAUGUUUAUUUUGGCAUCUGGUCAAUCGCCGAGGUGUUACAGAUGUUUGUGCUGGGACCGCGUCUGAUCCUCAGCAUGCGAGACUAUCACGCCAAGCUCGUGGCCAGGGCCGACGGGGAAAUAGACAUGACGUCCUUCAGUACUUUCCAGGCAGGUGGAGAUGUGUUGACCGACGGAUAUGUGUAG